AUUAAAUAGCACGUGCUACUUAUAAUGUUCUCUUUAAAAUCAAUUUUGAGAGAAAAUUUUAGUCUUUACACUUUUUACAUUUACAGAUUAAAGAUUUUAGGGUUUUUUUGUCUUUUAAAACUCUUUUUCUGACAUACUUUGUCUUCAUCCUCCUUUUUAUUCGUUCAAUAAUUCUAUUUCUUUCUCGCCCCUCGAUGUUGUACUCCACUUUAAAUGGAAUCUCUCCUCCUUAGAAAUUAGACCUUAGUCCUUGACUCCUAAUACAUAAUCAUUUUACAAAUUUUUUAAUUUAAUUUAUGUUUUUAUUUACAUCAAUGGUCAAUUAGUGUUAUCCAAAGGUUUAGAUUCAGGAUCCGCAAUUGGUCACAAGUCUUUAUAAACAAACAUCAUAUUGGUCACUCAUCAUCAGCAACAAGAAGAAAGGAAAGUGAGAUGGAAUUGGAGCAUUUUUUUCACAUGAAUGAAGGGGAUGGUGAGCACAGCUACUCUCAAAAUUCUUCUGCUCAGGAGCGUGCAUGGCAAAUGAACAAAAGUACAUUGGAGUAUGCAAUUCAAUCUUUGUUAUCAAAAGGAGGAGUAUCAUUUGAUAAUGGUGUAAUAAAUGCAGCUGAUUUAGGGUGUGGUGUGGGCCCAGUUCCACUUGCUUUUGUAUCUUUGGUGAUACAUUCAUUGCAAAAAAAAUUGAAGGAAUUAAAAUGGAAAAAUGAUGAUAAAAUAACUCAAUUACAAAUAUACAUGAAUGAUCUUCCCUCAAAUGAUUUUAAGUGGUUAUUUAGAAAUUUAUUUAAUUUGGAUUUACUAAAAACAAGAAAUCAAAGUGGGCCCUUAUGCUUCUUGUUUGCUGCUCCUGGGUCUUAUUAUCAACGCCUUUUUCCAGAUAAUAGUCUUCAUUUGGUUCAUGCUAAUUACACACUUCAUUGGUUCUCUAAGGUACCAAAAGUACUAUCAAGUGAAGAAAGGUCACCAAUAAACAAAGGACAAGUGUACAUAUCUGAAGCAAGUAGUGAGUUAGUUGCAAGAAGUUACUUGAAACAGUUUGAACAAGAUUUCACACAAUUUCUAGAAUGUCGUUCUCAAGAAAUGGUAAUCCAAGGUCGUAUGUUGCUCACUUUUCGAGGUCGACCAUCUUCAUCUUAUUUCUUCACUUGGCAACCAUGGGAGCUUCAAAUCUUUACCACCACCCUUCAUUCUCUUAUUGCUGAGGGAUUAAUCAAAAAAGAGAAGGUAGACAGUUUCAACUUCCCUUACUAUUGUGGUUGUGAGAAGGAUUUUGAGAGCAUAAUUAAAAAGCAAGGAUCAUUUGAAAUAGAGAAGAUGAAGACAAUAUCACAUCAUGUUGAACAUAAAAUUGAGGACAAAUGGGAAAAAUCCAAAAGGAUUGCUAACUUCAUUAGAGCCUUCUCUCAAUCAUUAAUUUCACUUCAUUUUGGAGAACACAUUGUCAAUCCACUCUAUGAUAAGCUUUGUCAUUUCACAUUCAAAUAUUUGGAAGAUGGUUUACCUUGUGAGCAUUUUACUGUUACUAUUUUACUUUACAAAAAUUAGCAUUUUUUUUUUUUACCCAAAACAUCUUAUCAUGUACAAGUAAUUAAUCGGAGGCCGACCCAUAAUUUUUUAUUAGUAGGGCCUAUAACUGAUCGAAUAUAUGUAUUAAUAUGUUUUUUUUAUUUUUUAUAAAUUUUAUUGUAGAAGAAAAAAUGUAGAAAAAAAGUGGUGUCGUAGACUUACCAUGUCUCUGCCACUAUGGGCUUGUAGGGGAUCGGCCCCUACUGCCCACUCUCACUGUUCAUACUUACAGUCUAUUUUUUUAGUUUAUGUUUAUAUAGUAGAGAUCUGUUGGUGAUGUUAUGUAAUGGUAAAGAAAGUCUUGAUAUUGCAUGGCGCAACAUGCUUUAAGUUUCACUAGUAACAAUUUUCUUAUAUUGCUUGUGGUUGGUUUU